AUGGAAGCCUGUUACUCUCAAGAUAAAUUUAAUGCCACUACAUGUGAUGCCACGUCUACGGUCAUCGUCACAAUUCAGGCAUUUACUGGCAUGUGGAUAAAUGCUUUCAUUGUUUCUGUUCUUGGUAUUGCUUGGGUCAAAAAGAAAAGCUUUAACUCUAAUGAGAAGAUCUUGCUGUUUCUGGGAUGCUGCAGGUUUUGGUAUUUCUGCAACACAUGGGUAUAUUUCUUUCUUUCAAUGUUUUAUCCUUGGUGCCUUUAUGUUUACCCCAUACCCCAACUAUUUGCAACUAUUCAAAGCUUUUUAAAUGCUUCCAACGUAUGGGUUUCUGCCUGCCUUUGUGUUUUUUGUUGUAUAAAAAUUGCAAAUUUCAGGCACACCUUCUUCUUCUACCUGAAAGUAAAAAUUGACAGGAUUGUGCCAUGGCUGUUGUUGGGUUCAGUGUUUUUAUCUCUGGUCAUGUGCAUCCUUGUCUACAACAUCACUGAAAAAAUGUACUAUAACAAUCUCAAUUCCACCACCUUAGGAAAUUUCUGGAAAAGUGAGAAUGGAUUAAUAUUUUUUCCUUUUUUUUUUAUCAAUGGCUUCGGAUUUGCCACUGCAUUCACAGCAGUAAUCUUUUCUGCCCUUCUUCUCUUAUUUUCUGUCUAUAACCACAAACACAAGAUGCAGACAAACUCAGUGAAGAACCUCAGCAUGGAUGCCCAUAUCAAAGCCAUGAAAUCUGUUCUGUCCUUCUUCUUUACCUGCAGCAUUAACUUUACAUGUUUGAUCUUGGCAUUGAUUUAUGCCACGAAGGAGGAAAAUCCCAUGCUGUUUCUCAUUUCAGUAUUUCAGGAUGCUUUUCUGGCUGUUCAUUCCCUUAUUCUGAUUUUCAGCAAUCCCAAACUGGAAAAGACACUGCUGAAGACUCUGCGAUGUGUGAAGUGCAAG